UUUUGAGGUGUUACUGUCAUUUUGUAGAAAAAUUAAGAAUUAAUUUGUUAGUUUUCUUGUUCUUGGUCUUUAUAGGGUAAUAAAGAUUUGAUUUUUAUUCCCAAGUUGAUACUGUUGUUCAAGAUUAUUGUUGUUUGGUAUGGAAAUUUGCAUGGAUAGUACAAUUCUGUUUGUGGGUAUUGCUUUUCUUGGAUUCUUGGUUUCAUUUUGUGUUGCUGAUUACUGAAUAGGGUUAGUUGGUUGUGUUGGUUCAAUCAAAAUUUUGACCUUUUUUUUUCUGGUGUGGGGUUUGGUUUUUUGAGCUCUGGGAAGAGGGAGAAUGGGAAAAGAUGAUGGUAUGCUGCUUCUUUCAACAGUAGGACCGCCAAUAAAGCGGCGAGCAGGGUUGAGAAGGAAGCAGGCAGGCAGAGGAUCAUAUAGAGGAAGUUAGGUAUUGGGAUAAGGGAAGAAAAUUGGGGAUUGUUAGGGUUAUUUGAGGUUUAGGACUGGGUUUUGUUUUGAGAGUUGGUGGUGGGGAUUUGUGUGUUAAAUUUUUUGGUGACUAGGGAAAGAAUAUGGCAAGCCAACUGCAACAAGCACUGAGGAGCCUUUGUUGCAAUACUCCUUGGAAGUAUGCUGUGUUCUGGAAGCUCACAUAUCGAGCUCGAAUGAUGUUGACUUGGGAGGACGCUUACUAUGAUAACAAUGGGUUUCCAGGGAAAAAAUCUCCUGGUAGUACAGCAGGCAACCUUUAUGAUGGACAUUAUUCCAACAAUCAUCUUGGAGUAGCUGUGGCAAAGAUGUCCUAUCAUGUUUAUUCUCUUGGAGAAGGUAUUGUUGGGCAGGUUGCAAUUACUGGAAAACAUCUAUGGCUUUCAGCAGACAAAGUUGCAGCUAUCACCAGCUUGGCGCCUGAGCACUGUGAUGGGUGGCAAGCUCAAUUUUCUGCUGGGAUUAAGACCAUUGUUGUUGCUGCUGUUGCUCCACAUGGAGUUAUACAACUUGGAUCCUUGGAUAGUAUCCCUGAGGAUUUGAGGGCGAUCAAGCAUAUUAGAGAUGUCUUUUCUGAGCUCCAGGAGUUGAUGGCAAGUUGCUUGCGGAAUUCGAUGCAGCACAGCAUGGAAAAUUCUUGCUUGUCAGAGAUAUCGACAAGAACCUCAGGUUCAGAGGUUUUUCAAGACUGCGUAAAUAAUCUAGGUAGAAGUGUUUGUGAAGAUGGGAGAAAUAUGUGGUCUCCUCUGUAUACAUCUGUUGAAAAAUCUGUUGACCAUUCUUGUAUCUUCUCGCAACCUGGAGGUUUCCCAAAUAAAAUACUUGAAGCGGUACAUAACCAAGGACUUCACAGGACUUCAGUUCAAGGAUCUGUUGACUCUGAGAAUCUGCUUCCGGCAAGCUGUGAAAGUUCCAUUAUAAAACACCAAGAGGAAGGGCAGAUGUGGGAAGAAACUGAUCCGAAGUUUGAAGGGCAAACUAGCAACUUGAGAGUCUUGGGGAAGGGCUCGGUAGAUAAAAGUGAGCCAACGUUUAGAAGUGAUGCAAGUGUUGGAAGUGUUUCAUAUGAUGCUGGACAAGUCACUGAAUUCCUUAAGCCAAAUAGAAACAAUCUUGCUUCUGAAUCUUACAAUGAUCGAAACAGAAUGUUGGGUUUGUUGGAUCUUCCCAAUGCAUAUGCAGAUAAAUGUGCUGAGACAAAUUUAGGUUUUGAGACCGAGUGUAAUGACACAAUGGACACUCCUUUCAGGUUUUGUGCUGGCUAUGAACUAUAUGAAGCAUUAGGGCCAGUUUUCCAGAAAGGGAAUUCUUCCAAGGACUGGGAGGCAGGGAAGCGGGAAGAAAUGGCUGUUGACAUGCUUGAGGGAAUUGGCACCAGCAGUCUGGUAAUGAGCAACACUGGCAAUGAGCAUCUUCUAGAAGCAGUAAUAGCUAAUGUUAACCGCUAUGACAAUGAUUGUAGCAGUGUCAAGUCAUUCUGUAAAUCUGUUGAUUCCCUCUUGACCACUGAAAUAACUGCCGAACCUUGUAGCAGUGAUAUCGGCACAAUCAGUUCUACAGCCUAUUCAUUUGAUCGGGAAACAUUGAACAGCUUCAACUCAUCAGGUACAUGUAGUAUUCGGUCUUCUAGGGGUCUUUCAUCAACCAGUUGUAGCAGAGGUAGCGGACAUGUUGAGAGGCCACUUGAACCCGUUAAAAUGCAUAAAAAGAGAGCUAGACCUGGUGAAAGUUGCCGACCUAGACCCAGGGAUAGACAAUUGAUCCAAGAUCGCAUCAAGGAGCUCCGUGAUCUUGUUCCAAAUGGUUCGAAGUGCAGUAUAGACUCACUUCUAGAACGAACAAUCAAACACAUGCUCUUCAUGCAAAGUGUUACCAAGCAUGCUGACAAGCUAAGUAAAUGCUCUGCAUCAAAGCUGGUUGACAAAGAAUCGGAUAUCUGUGGAUCUUCCUCCCAUGAGGUUGGUUCAAGCUGGGCAGUGGAAGUUGGAAAUAACCAAAAAGUUUGUCCAAUGAGGGUUGAAAACUUAGGCAUGAAUGGUCAAAUGCUUGUCGAAAUCUUCGAAGAUGGAAGCCAUUUCCUUGACAUAGCAGAAGCCAUCCGGAGCUUGGGUCUUACAAUUUUAAAAGGUCUGGCUGAGGCUUAUGGUGAGAGGACGCGCAUGUGUUUUGUGGUUGAGGGGCAGAAUGAUAGAACCUUGCAUCGCAUGGAUGUAUUAUGGUCUCUUAUGCAGUUACUGCAAGCAAAGAUCAACGUGUAGAGCUGGAAGGUCAGAAUAGACAUACAUUUUACUAGUCAGACCGAGGUCUUGAAAUCUUCAGAGUCAGGAUACUGAUGUUUCAAAGGUUUUCUGUUCAACAUAUCCGAUUUCCCUUUCUAAACGAGUUGUGAAGACGAUAAAUUCUUUGUUUCCGGGUUUGUUUGUUUAUAUGUUCUUGUAUUUUAUGUGUGAAAUGCUCUCGUGGGAGAAGCAUUAUGCUCUUGAUGAGGUGAGGCUUUCUCGCAGAGAUCCUCCACGUCAAACCAGUAGAGUAGAUUAGUGGUUCGAGACACAACGAGGGUAAGUGAUGAAUCAGUAUUGAUCCCUCAAGAUGAUGGAGAGUAAAGGGUUGUGCUCUUCAUCAUGUAAACCAUUUUCAGAGUGUGAUUGUUUUCCAGAAUUUUAGCUUUGUACAUCAUUGAUUGACCUUAAACAUAAGUUACUUUUUAGUUC